CUCUGUGGUUCAUUAUUCUUCUACACUUACUCUGGAUCUGCUGAACCUGAUCGCACCCUGCACGUCUGGUCCUGCUGGUAACUUCCGGUCCCGGUAACUUCCGGUUCUGGUCCGCUGACAACUGGACUCACCUGUCCAGGUAAAACCGGAAAAGGGCGGCUCUGUGGGAACAGUGCAGAGGCACACACACAGUUCGGAGAGUUGAGCACAAUCAUUCAUAAAGAGGUUAAUUUGUGAGCGCCGGUGUGAUGGCCUCAGAGGAACAGCUCGGAGCAACAGGAGGGAGGCAGAGGAGACGUAGCAGGGAGGAACCUCCAUCCGUGUCUGAUCUCAGGCUGGUUCUGCUUGGGAAGACUGGAGUUGGAAAGAGUUCCAGUGGAAACACCAUCCUGGGAAAAGAUGCCUUCAGAGAAAUCUCCAGUCACUCAUCAGUGACCGCUGAAUGCUCCAAGCAGCAGGAAAGGGUGUUUAAGAAGAUGGUCUCUGUGGUCGACACUCCCGGCCUCUUUGACACGUUCCUGCCUGAAGACGUUGUGAAGAGGGAGAUCUCCAAAUGCAUCAACAUGUCGGCCCCGGGGCCCCACGCCAUCCUGCUGGUCAUCAAGGUUGGACGCUUCACAGCAGAGGAAAGAGACGCUGUGAAGAAGGUGGAGGAGAUCUUUGGAGAGGAUGCCUGGAGGUACACCAUCAUCCUCUUCACUCACGGAGAUGUAGUUGAGUCAGACUUUGAUGAGACCUUGGAGGAGGCAGGACCUGAGCUGAAGGAGGUCCUGAAGAAGGCUGGAAACAGAUACCACCUCUUCAACAAUCUCAAAACCAACAAUCGACGCCAAGUCCUGAAUCUGCUGGAGAAGGUGGACAAGAUGGUGGCCGACAAUGGAGGAGAGUUUUACUCCAACUACACCUACCUGGAAGUUGAGGAAAUGCUGAAACGGAGAGAGUCAGAGCUCAGAGAGUUCUUCAAGAAGAAGCUGGAGGAGGAAGUUAAAGCUGUGGAGUCAGAGUACAAGAAGAAGCUGAUGGAGGCUCAGGAGGAGAAACAGCAGGUGGAGGAACGGAUGCAGUCUGAGCUGGAAGAGUUGAGGAGGUAUUACCACAUGUUAGAGAGCGGAGUCCGUCAGGUUGUGGAGCAGGUGGCCAAAGACGACUCCUUUGAUGAAAUCCUCACCAAGUUCCACCACACUCUGAAACUGAACUGAGCUGUUUCUGACUCUUGCCGUGUAGCUCUGUUCUUCAUACGGACUUUCUUUCAGUCAGUACAGUAAUCAGUGAUCACAGCCACAGAGCUAAAGAGCUCCACCUGAAGUAGCUCAGACUAUGAACAAACUAAAGAAUUUGAAGCUCCAUGAAAUUUUGGAAGUCAUGAAUUUCCUCUCCUGCAGCUGAAGGCUGAUAUUUUCCAGGUGAAUUGGUAAAAUCUUCAGCAUUCAUGAGCUGAAAAUUUGUCCUGGAACUACUGAUGUGUUUGCAGCAGCUGAAUGAAACACAGGUUAACUGCAGUUAAUUACUGAUUUAAUAAUAAAGGACUUCCAGCAGGAUACCAACAUAAAUCACAGGAUCACCUGCAUACAGACUGACUUUCUUUUAAUUCAGCACAGAUAAUAAAAAGCAGAGUUCCUCGAACAGAUCCUUGUGGUACACCAAGUUUGCAUAAAUGGAGAAAAUAAGAGCAGAGAUAAACCUCGCUCUGAAUGUCAUUUCAAACUCAGCCAGUUUUUGUCUUUAUGAUGGACAUGGGAAAAAAACUGUUUAUGUUUAAUGCAUUUUCUGUCUGAGAGACCCAGGGUCCCUGAGCAGUUAUGAAGUAUGUGUUAUAUGUGAUACUGUGCUACAGUUCUGUGUCCACAUUUGUAUGUAGGCAGGUAUGUGUGUGUAUGUACAGCUGCUUUCUGUAGCACCUUCAGGCUGAUGGAUGUGGCUUUGCUGGAGGACUGGCCACACCUGAAGUCCCUGCCACACACCUGCUGCUGGUCAGGACUCGUUGGGGGAGCAAUUUAAGAGACUGAUGGAGCUUCCACCAAUGUGGGAUCAUUGAGUCCCACUCCAAGAAGAGCUUGGCACAGAACAGGACAGCGCGCACAGGGUGUGCGGUAACACGGGAACGGAGAGCACGAACAUGAGAGACACAACACAGGGGUCUAGGGAGCUGUGGGGAUUUAUUGUGUACUGGUUAUUUACUUCACUGUAAAUAAACGCACUGCUUAUAUUCA